CCACGUUUGGACGUUUGCCUCUUGCUCCUGAAAAUAAAAAAAAAUACCGCGUCCACAGUACCGCGAUACCGUCCGGUUUAUAGUUGUUAAGACGGAAAUAUUUUGAUAAGUUUUUAAUGAAGUGAGUGUUUGUGAUAGAAAUACAAAUAAGUGAUGGGUGUGUAGUGGUGUGGAUAUUUGUCCAAGUUGAUAAUGUCGAAGACUCUCAACGCGUAUAGAAUAAAGAAGAUCGAAUCGCUCGGCAGGAUGACGGCGAUGUCUCAGGAGGAGAUGGUCGCCGGCGCGCGCACCGUCGCCGCGGGGCUGGAGGCCCUCAGGGCCGAACACGCCCAGCUGUUAGCUGGGCUGGCGGCCAACACAGAGCACGACCAUGAGAAGGCAGCGCUGGUCAGGAAGAGUAAUGAAGCUAUUGAGCUUGGGAUUGGAGAGGCACAGGUGAUGAUGGCCCUCGCCUCCCACCUCCAAUCAGUGGAGGCCGAGAAGCAGAAGCUCCGCACGCAGGUCCGCCGCCUGUGCCAGGAGAACGCCUGGCUGCGGGACGAGCUGGCGGCCGCCCAGCAGAGAUUGCAGGCUUCGGAGCAGAGGGUGGCACAGUUGGAAGAGGAGAAUAAGCAUUUGGAUUUCAUGGCAUCCAUACGCAAAUACGACAGCGACGUAACAGAAGACACAGAGACCAGUCGCAGUGGACAGUCGGAAAGCAAGCGCGACGACCCCAUGGUCGAUCUGUUCCCAGAUGACGACCACGAUGACAAUCGCAACAACAAAUCGAUGUCCCCGACCCCGCAAUCGCAGUUCGCGCAGCAAGUGACGGCCGGCUACGAGAUCCCGGCGCGCCUGCGCACGCUGCACAACCUCGUCAUACAGUACGCCUCACAGGGGCGGUAUGAAGUGGCUGUCCCACUGUGCAAGCAAGCGCUAGAAGACUUGGAGAAGACUUCAGGACAUGAUCACCCCGAUGUGGCUACUAUGUUGAACAUACUCGCGUUGGUCUACAGGGACCAGAACAAGUACAAGGAAGCGGCGAACUUGCUGAACGACGCUCUGUCCAUUCGUGAAAAGACUCUCGGCGAGAACCACCCCGCCGUCGCCGCUACGCUCAACAACCUGGCUGUUCUUUAUGGAAAACGAGGUACAUCAACUAUAAGGUCGGCCAGUUGCACCGACCACAUGUGCAUCCGCGAGGCCGUGCUGGGCCGCGACCACCCCGACGUCGCCAAGCAGCUCAACAACCUCGCGCUGCUCUGCCAGAACCAGAAUAAAUAUGAAGAAGUGGAGCAGUAUUACCAGCGCGCCCUGGAGAUAUACGAGAGCAAGCUCGGGCCCGACGACCCCAACGUCGCCAAGACCAAGAACAACCUCGCCUCCUGCUACCUCAAACAGGGCAAGUACAAAGAGGCGGAGACGCUGUACAAGCAAGUGCUGACGCGGGCGCACGAGCGCGAGUUCGGCACCAUCGACGGUGACAACAAGCCCAUCUGGCAAGUGGCAGAGGAGCGCGAGGAGAACAAACACCUGCAGAAGGAGAACGCGCCGUACGGGGAAUAUGGCGGCUGGCAUAAAGCUGCCAAGGUGGACUCGCCGACGGUAACCACGACGCUGAAGAACCUGGGCGCGCUGUACCGGCGCCAGGGCAAGUACGAGGCCGCCGAGACGCUCGAGGACUGCGCGCUGCGCAGCCGCAAGGAGGCGUUGGACAUCGUGAAGCAGUCGCGGCGCGCGCGCCACGGCCGGGACGAGCCGCCCGACGCGCACGACGAGGGUGCGAACCCGUCGAGCGAGCCACGCAUGAACCUUAAGUCGAAGCUGUUCAAUGCGCUAGGCAUCAACACGCAGCAACAGUAGUUAGUUAGUUAGUUAAGUUAGUUAGUUUAAGUCACGAGACGCGGGCGAGGUGUAAGUUUCACUGGGAACAAGGGCGGAUCUAGCUUCGGUGGGUCACGUGAUCAAUGUGUGUGUCCAGGGGAGGGGUCACGUGGCCAAUUUGUAUGGCCAACCCUCCAGGAGCGGUCAUUUCCCCCAUGACCAUUGGAUCCGCGCUUGGAGUCACAGGAGGGUUAUGUUUGAAAUAGUGUCUGGUUGACUCGACAGAAUAGUCUAUUUAAGAGCUUUAAAUUCCUAAUAAGGCCAAGUUUGGGUCAGUACUGCUAAAUUCUCAAAAAUGUUUGACAAACUAGAUAUUUUUUACUUUGAAUUAAUCUGUCAAGUCACUAAACACUGGAUGUACAUUAUUGUGGUAAAAGCUGACUUGGUAGCUUGUAUGGGUAGUGAUUUUUUUAAUUUACUUACGCCUAAUUCGAACAACAAAUAUUUUAUUUACCGAGUAGCGCUAAAAGUCAGUAUUAUCAUCCUGCACUGUUACAAAAUCAACAUAAAUCGCAAUGAAAUUGUAUCGUAAAUUUAAAUGUUAAAACUAGCCCUUUUUACGUGUCACUUACACCUUACUUGCUUAAUAGUGUGCCCGCGUCUCCAUGCCGUUCACACGUUUGUAUUGUGUGUCGCGGAGCAUGCCCCGCCGCGCUACAAAACAACCGUGCCGGCACGUCUACUAGCUUAGAUCUAUUUAUGUUAGCAUGCUUAAGAAUAAUUUUAUCAAACAAAUCAAAAAAAUAUAUAAAAAAUGUAACAAGAGAUUUUAUCGAAGAUGAACCGUCCGGAGUAUUGCAAAUUUUAUUUAAGGUGCGGAUUUUAAUAAAAUUUUAUAAUUAUGACUUUAAUUCUCGCGGUUCGACUAAACUUAACCAAAUUUCUAUUUUAUUGUAAGUUUCGACCGCAUUUUACCAACAUAAUUAAGUUGAAAUUGCAUUUAUUUAAUUGUGGUGUGGAAUCAAUAUUAUAAUUAACAACGAUUUUAUUUUUAUUUACUUUCGAUUUUAAUUUGCUGAUACUUUAUCCAGUGCUCUUUGAAGAAGAACGCAUGAUUGUGUUAUUUUGUGAACGUUUUAUUUAUUUUAUUGUUUGCGAUGCAGAAUCAAAAUGGAUACUUAUUUAAAUUAUCAGUUUUAAUGAAUAAUGCUUACAUAAUGUCAUUCCAAUGUUAGUGUGUAUCGGUCUAAGCUUUAUGUGAGAGUAAGUGAUAUAGUAUAAUAUUUUUAUAUACAUUGAAAUGUUUCUAUUUGUAUGUGGGUGCUGCUUGUGAAUGCAAUUUUUUACUCUAUGUACACUAGAUAUAUUUUACAAGAGACAAUUAUGCAGAUUAUAAACAAUUCAAAAUGCCACGAAUCUCUAGUAAAUUGGCGCUGUCACAAUAAUUUAUAUUAUUGGUUUCUUUUUGUCUCGAUAUCACAUCGAUCUUAAUUUUUAAACUGUUAAUAAAUAUUUAUGUAAAAUUA